AUGAAGCUCUCCAUUGCUGCUGCUAUCGGUCUUUUGGCCCUUACUGUCACCGAGGCCGUUAAGGUCAACCCUCUUCCCGCCCCUGUUCACAUCAGCUGGGCAAAGUCAGGCCCCGUUAAGGUCGCUGACAACUUCCGCAUUGUCGGACCCAAGCACGACAUUCUCAGCAAGGCCUUUGAUCGCACUGCUGCUCUCAUCAAGAAGGAGCGCUGGGUUCCCCAGACCUGGGAGCGCCCUGCUGCCGAGUUCCCCCCAUUCCCCACUCUUGAGAAGCGUGGUGAUGCCGAAGAGGAGGUCUCUGCUCAAGCCAACGGCUCCAAAACCCUCAAAACCAUCACCGUCGAUGUUAAGGACUUGAAGGCUGAUCUUCAACAUGGUGUUGAUGAGUCUUAUACUCUUGAUAUCUCUGCCUCCGGUAAGGGUACCAUCAAGGCCAAGACCGUCUGGGGUGCCCUCAACGCUCUCCAGACCCUCAACCAGAUCAUCAUCCAUGACAAGAAGCUCGGACUCCACAUUGAGCAGCCUGUUCAUAUCGAGGAUGCUCCCAAGUAUGUCCACCGUGGAGUCAUGUACGAUACCUCUCGUAACUUCUACCCCAUGAAUGUCCUCAAGAAGCAAAUUGAUGGUCUUGCCUACUCCAAGUUGAACGUCUUCCACUGGCAUCUCACUGACAACCAGGCCUGGCCUGUCGAGAUUAAGAAGCACCCCCAGAUGACCAAGGAUGCUUACUCUCCUCGUGAGAUCUACACUCAGAAGGACAUUAAGGAACUGAUCCGCUAUGGUCGCGAGCGCGGUGUCCGUGUCUACCCUGAGCUCGAUGUCCCUGGUCACUCUGCUGCUGGCUGGCUCCAGGUUGACAAGAAGGCCGUCACUUGCGCUGAUUCGUGGUGGGAUAACGAUGGCUGGACUCACCACUCUGCUGUCGAGCCCAACCCUGGUCAACUCGAUAUUGCUUACCCUGGCACUUACAAGCUGAUCAAGGACGUUUACACCGAGUUGGCUAACGUCUUCACUGAUAACCUCUUCCACGUCGGUUUCGAUGAGCUCAACACCUACUGCUACAACUACUCUUCUUACUCUCGCGAUUGGUUCAAGAACCAUCCUGGCGCCACUUACCAGGACUUUGCUCAGCAGUACGUUGAUAAGGUUCUUCCCAUCUUCAAUGACAAGCCCAGCCGCCGAUUGGUCAUGUGGGAGGACUCUGUUCUUUCCCCCGACUUCCCUGCCCACAACAUCCCCACCAACGUCAUCAUGCAAUCCUGGAACAAGGGUACUGAGAACAUUAAGGCCUUGGCCACUAAGGGUUACGAUAUCAUCGUUUCCUCUGCUGACUUCCUCUACCUCGACUGCGGUCAUGGUGGAUGGGUCACCAACGACCCUCGCUACAACGAGAACGAGCCCCCAGUCCUCCCCAAGGCCAUCGCUGAUGCCUUCGCUGCCAACCCUAGCGCAUACAGCCCUACUACCGUCAACUAUGGUGGUCACGGUGCCUCGUGGUGCGCUCCCUACAAGAGUUGGCAACGCAUCUAUGACUAUGAUUUCACUAAGGGCUUGACCGAAGAAGAAGCUAAGCACGUCAUCGGUGCUGAGGCUCCCUUGUGGUCUGAACAGGCUGAUCAAUAUGUCGUUGACAGCAAGAUCUGGCCCCGCGCUGCUGCUCUCGCUGAGUUGACCUGGUCCGGCAACCGCAACAAGGCUGGAUACAAGCGUACCACUGAGCUCAGCACCCGUAUCUACGAGUUCCGUGAGCGUCUUAUUGCCCGUGGCAUUGGUGCUGCUCCUUUGGCUCCCAAGUACUGCUUGCAACACCCUCACCACUGCGAUCUCUUCCGCAACCAGACCGCCCUUGGAAAGUAA